AUGUUGUGUGACUUGAUAGAAGGCUGCAAUGCUUCAAAAUUCCAAGGUAAAAAGGAGAAAUGCGCCAAGUAUUUCCCGCAGGAAAAUGAGAAGAUGACUACUUUUGGCUCUACAAAAAUCACUUUCAUUGAAAGGACUACAUCCGAACUUGGCUUUGUUGUUUCUAGCUGGAAAGUAGAGGAUAGAAACCGUCAACGUAUCAUACGACAUCUGCAUUGUAAAACAUGGCCCGAUCAUUCCGCACCAAAAUGUCCAUCUGUAGUCGUUGGGAUUCACAGAGAGAUAACAAAAGCCUCUCACCAGACUCCGAUUGUGGUUCACUGCUCUGCUGGAGUUGGACGGACAUGUACUCUAAUAGGUGAGAUUGUUGAACUAAGUGCUGAAGUCCUUUUGGAGCGAAUUCGUAGGCGACGGAAUGUAUCGGGUGUCGCAGUCAUGAGAUGGCUGCGCGACCGGCGUUGCGGCGCAAUACAGAAGAGCAUACAGUUUGUGUUCAUGCACUAUAUAGUUGUUGAAAUACUAGUACAG